AUGCAGGAGCGGGCUGCGCACCGGGACUUUUAUGGAAACUUGCAGAGCCCGAGGCUGGAGCCGCAGCCAAGGGGCGCGCAGCACCAACGGUAGCAGCGGCAGAGACGCUCACCCAGCUACUCUCACGCCCACCCAGCCGCUUGGGAUUAACGAAGACGCGCAGCGCAACGCUCCCAGGUAAAACUGAAAACGGACAUUUUUGCAUACAUUUCUUGCUGGACUACAGAAAGCAAUCAUGACUGAUAUCGCACAGAAGACAGAGAUUCUGCUUUCUUCAUCUAAACCUGUACAAAAGUCCUAUGUGCCCAAACUUCGAAAAGGUGAUGUAAAGGAUAAAUUUGAAGCCAUGCAGAAAUCAAGGGAAGAAAGAAAUCAGCGACGAACAAAAGAAGAAAAGCAAAGAAGAAAGGAACAAUAUAUUAGAGAGAAAGAAUGGAACAGGCGAAAGCAGGAGAUGAAAGAACUUCUUGCUUCUGAUGAUGAAGAAGAAAAGUCUUCUAAAGUAGAGAAAGCCUAUGUUCCAAAACUGAUAGGAACUGUCAAAGGAAAAUUUGCAGAAAUGGAAAAGCAGAGGCAAGAAGAAGAAAAGAAAAGGAUGGAAGAGGAGAGGCAGCGAAGAAUUGAACAAGAUAUGAUAGAGAAAAGAAAAAUUCAGAGGGAACUGGCAAAAAAAGCUCAAGAGAUUGAUGAACAGUUAAACAAUUCGGGAACUGAAUCGGCAUCGGAGGAAGGUGAUGAGUCAGUGCUAGUGACAGUAGUUCCUGUAAAACCUAGCAAAUCACCUGGAAGGAUGAAAAUAAGUUUUGAAGACCGAGAGAGAGAAAGAGAAGAACAAGAAAGAAGAAAGCUUGAAGAAGAAAAACGAUUGAGAUAUGAGCAGGAAAAGGAAGCUCUAAGGGAAAUCAAAUAUUUUUCACCAGAUGUGGAUGAAGAGGAAAGCUUUGAUAAUGAAAGGAAAGAAUCUCCCUCUCCUGGUAAAGUUAAAUUAACAUUUGAAGAAUUGGAAAGACAAAGGCAAGAGAAAGGGAAGAAGCAAGCAGAAGAGGAGGCAAGGCUACGUUUGGAAGAGGAAAAACGUGCCUAUGAGGAGGCAAGGCAACAGAUGAUAAAUGAAGAGGAUGAAGAUAAAGAAGAUGAACAUUCUGUCAAGGAAUUCCGCCCUGGAAAACUGAGAAUGACAUUCGAGGAAAUAGAAAGACAAAGGCAAGAGGAAGAAAAAAGAAGAACAGAGGAAGAGGCCCGAAGACGUAUAGAAGAGGAGAAAAAAGCAUUUGCUGAAGCAAGAAAAAGCAUGGGGCCAGAUGAUGAACUUUCACUAAUGUCCAAAACUGUAUCUCAAGAAUCUCUGACACCUGGAAAACUGGAAAUUAAUUUUGAAGAGUUACUGAGACAAAAAAUGGAAGAAGAAAGAAGACGCACAGAAGAAGAACGCCGACAAAAACUGGAACAGGAAAAGCAAGAAUAUGAACAGCUUAAACAAGAAAUGGGAGAGGAGGAGGAAGAGUGCGAAACCUUUGAGCUAAGCAGGGAAUAUGAGGAGCUAAUAAAGUUAAAAAGAAGUGGUACAAUGCAACCAAAGAACUUAAAGAAAAAAUUUGAAAAAAUUGGAGAGUUAUCUGAGGAAGAAACACAAAAAAAAAUUGAGGAAGAAAGAGCAAGGAGGAGAGCUAUAGAUCAAGAAAUAAAAGAAAGAGAAGCAGAAAAUUUUCAAGAGGAAGAUGAUGUUGAUGUGAAGCCUGCUGCAAAAUCUGAAGCUCCAUUCACACAUAAAGUUGACAUGAAAGCUCGAUUUGAACAAAUGGCAAAAGCAAGAGAAGAGGAAGAACAGAGGAGAAUAGAAGAACAAAAGCUGCUUCGUAUGCAAUUUGAACAGAAGGAAAUAGAUGCAGCAUUACAAAAGAAAAAAGAGGAAGAGGAGGAAGAGGAAGGGAGUAUUGUUAAUGGCUCAGUUUAUGAAGAUGAAGAACAGCAAGCACGUUCUGGUGCUCCAUGGUUCAAAAAGCCUCUUAAAAAUGUAUCUGUUGUGGACAGUGAACCAGUAAGGUUUACUGUUAAAAUAACUGGUGAACCCAAGCCAGAGGUUACAUGGUGGUUUGAAGGGGAAAUAUUGCAAGACUGUGAGGAUUACCAGUAUAUUGAAAGAGGAGAAACAUACUGCCUUUACUUACCAGAGACGUUCCCAGAAGAUGAAGGAGAAUAUAUGUGUAAAGCAGUAAACAAUAGAGGAACAGCAGCUAGCACCUGCAUUCUCACUAUUGAAACUGAUGACUAUUAAAUAUCCUACCAUUUCUGGAGUCUUCCUUCCUUUUACUGCAUCUAUCUUUUUCUCCUGUGGUGGGGCCAAGAAGAAGUUGUCUAUCAUUCCUCAAGUGAAAUACUUUUCAGACUGAAAAAUGGGCAAUAAAAGUUUGGUUCAUUUGACACACAGCAAUGCAAUCUACAAAUGGUGGCUGCUUAUUUAUGCUACUGCAUUGCUUCAUGAAAUAUUCCAUAAGGCAAAUCAAAUUGCAUGAAAGUUUGCCAUAUGGUUCCAGAACCCUUUUACUAUGUCAACAUAAAAUAUGCAAUGUGGUCAAAAUAAAAGUCUUUAAUGCACUAAGUGAUGAGAAUACUUGACCACAGAAAACCUCAAUUUUAUUGUUUGCAGGUUUAAAUUUAUGCCAAAAUGACAUAGGGCAGGUUUGUAAUUUUUAAUCUCAUAGCCAAGACCAAUUCAUUCUACAAAAAUGUCUUGAUCAUGGCAAUUUGGGGGGCAAACAUGUAUGUCCUUUGUUAAACUGUUAAGUGGCUAAAAGUUAAUAUAGUGUUUAUUUAACAUAUGCUUUGCUUAACAUUUUCCUUUUAACUGCAUGGACAAAAUAAAAUCAAGAUUAUAAUGGCCUGAAGGCAAAUUUAUACAAUUAAAUUAUGCAUUCAGCUGUAAGUUAAAGUCCUUAAAAAUCAAACAUUGGCUUUUUAUAUUGUAUUAGAUGGUAGAUAUCAGUUCAGCAUUCCAGGAAAGAUGCUGGGCAAAUCUGCAUCAUAUUCAAUUUGCUAGCGUAAUAGUGGGUGGCUCUUUAACUUGCAUCUCAUCUUACAGAACUUACUCAAUGAAUCAUCUCACUGCUGUUUCCAAACUAAGUAACGUAUAUUAUUCAUAUAGUUAUAAACCUAGAACAGAUGGAUAAUAGACUUUUUGGGGGGAGGGUGCUAAAUAAAAAGCAGUUAACUAAAUUCCAUCACAGAUUAUGCACUGGAACUUCACAUUCAGUACAUUUGCAAAAUCUUCCAGUUGGUGUAGGCUUGUGUUUUACUGGCCAGAGCAAUUCAGGCAUAAGUUUUUAUGCAGGAGAUACAAUUUUUUUCUUAAAUAUGUACCAGAUUACGUAUUCUGUAUUCACUGGAAGGAUAAUAAAUAUGUUCUGUUCCUAAAGCUGAAUGUUUUCUUCAUUACCAAGGCUAUAGCAUUCAUCUUCCAUAGGUUUUUGGAGGUAUAAAUAAUAACCCCCCCAAGUAUUAAAUAAUGCAAAGGACAAAAUUUCAUCCAUUAGUUUACAUUUAUUGAGAACUCAUACAAAACAGUACAAUUAAUGUAUUUUCAUGAGUACAUACAUUGUCAAUAGGCAAGCUCAACACAACAUACUGGAAAGCGUAGGAUUUACCUCACGUCCAAGCUGCAUCUGCCUAAGAUACUUCCCAUCACAGUAGCCUUUAAAAGACAGUCUUCUUUUUUAACACGGGUAGUUUCUGCAGAGAACACUAUCUCAGGACGAAAAUGCCUUUCAUGCAUAUUAAGAUAAAGGUUGCAUAAAUGUAAGAGUUUGAUAGGGUACUACAAGUAGAAAAAUGGAUCUGUUGUACAUAUUCUGUAGGACCCAAUGUUUUACUUUAUAAAAAUCCUAGUACACAAAGAAAAAUGUAAAAUUCUACCCUCAAACUUAUGAAAUGUAUCCCACCAACUGACAAUAUUUUCAGAAGAAAGGAUUAGUGAAUGAUACAGCCUACCUAGCUAGUAAGAUCACUGAAGUGUAAUUUACACAACUCUAGAUAAAGACUGCUUUUUAACUAGCAAAUAUCCUAUACAGAACACAUACUAAAAGAUGAUCUAAAGACAUUAGUUGAAAUUAAGAUGUUCCUCUCUUUUAAAACAUUCAUUACUUUCAUUUAAACCUGGGAUUCAAUUAGAAUUUACAAUUAUUUUUUUCCUGCUAUAACACACAAACUGCACAAGAAAAUACUAUCUAUGGAUUGGGCUCAAAGUUUCCAUAUUGUGAGUAGAAUGGAACACUUCAAUCCAACCCUAUCUUUGAAAGAAAUUGGACAAACCAAAAAUAAAAAGCUACAGUACAAGAAGAUGCCU